UUAAACCCAGAGUGUAAAUUGCAUGUUUUUAAGAAGAACGUCUGACUAUACCUGCUGCUGUCAUUAUACUAUACAUCACCAUGAGUCUGUUGAUCUACAUCACAAUUUGUGUUGUACUUUUUUUCUAUCUUGUAAAUCAUUUUAAAAAAACAGGUAUGAAAAUGCCUCCCGGACCAAGACCUCUUCCUUUCAUUGGCAACCUGCACCUGCUGGAUCUGAAAAAGCCUUACCAGUCCCUGAUGGAGAUGUCUGAAACAUAUGGAGAUGUAUUUACUGUACAUUUUGGUCCAAUGAAGAUGGUGGUGCUUUCUGGAUACAAAACAGUGAAAGAUGCUCUAGUCACACAGGCUGAUGACUUUGGAGAUAGAGCAGACAUGCCGAUAUUUACAAACCUAGUAAAAGGAAAUGGUAUUGUGUUAGGACAUGGUGAAUCAUGGAAAAUAAUGAGAAGGUUUACACUCUCAACUCUACGAGACUUUGGAAUGGGAAAGAAGACAAUACAAAGCAGAAUUCAAGAUGAAUUACACCCUUUACUCACACAUUUUGAAUCAUACAGUGGUGAACCAUUUGGCACCUUCGUUAUUUUGAACAGUGCAAUUGCCAACGUCAUCGGUUCCAUUCUUUUUGGGAAAAGGUUUGAAUACGAUGACCCAACACUGAUAUCUCUUCUUAAACUAAUAAAUGAAAAUACAAAGCUCACUGGAACUCCUCAAACAAUGCUGUAUAAUUUCUACCCGCGUCUUGGAUCAUUGCUUGGAGCAGAUAAAGAAAUGGUUGAGAACGUAAAUAUUCUGGAGAGUUUUAUGCACAAAUUUAUCCAAGAACACAAAGAAGAAUAUAAUGCAAAUCACAUCACUGGGUUUAUUGAUGCAUUCCUUAUGAAGCAAGAGCAGGAAUCCUCAAACUCAGACACUUACUUUCAUUAUGGAAACUUGAUGUAUUCGGCUUUGGACCUUAUUGUAGCUGGAACUGAGACAACAUCCGCAACCCUAAGCUGGGCAUUGUUAUUGAUGAUAAAAUAUCCAGAGAUUCAAAAAAAGGUUCAAGAAGAAAUUAAGACUUUCAUUAAACCGGGACAGUUGCCUAAAGUGGAUGAUCGGAAGAACAUGCCAUAUACUGAUGCAGUGAUACAUGAAGUACAGAGAUUUGCUAAUAUAGUUCCAUUAAAUUUAUCCCAUUUGACUACAAAAGAUGUUCACUUCCGUGGGUAUCACAUCCCAAAGGGCACGGAAGUCAUUCCUAUGCUUACCUCUGUGUUGUAUGACAAAUCUCAGUGGGAUACACCCUAUAGGUUUAACCCUCAUCACUUCCUGGAUGCAAAUGGGAAAUUUGUUAAAAAGGAUGCAUUCAUACCUUUCUCUGCAGGAAGAAGAGUAUGUGUUGGAGAAAGUUUGGCCAAAAUGGAGAUUUUCUUAUUUUUCACUGGUCUUCUCCAGAAGUUUACCUUCCAUCCUCCACCAGGCAUCUCAGAAGAUGACCUCAGUCUGGACGCUGAUAUUGGCUUCAUCUUAUGGCCCAUGCCAUAUAAGACUUGUGUUGUUCCCAACUACUAGAGUUCUCAACAAAAAUGUGUGUUAUUAAUAAAAAAUACAAUAUAUACAUACAACAAAUAAUAGUUAACAAAUACACAAUAUAAGAUACAUGUAAGUCACCAUUCAUUCCAUAUUAUGGUACGGAUAAGGUGAAGACAAAAUAAUAAACAAGAAUGAAUCUCAACUAGAAAUGUAUCCUAUCUAUCCUUUCACUAAUAAAAUUCUAAAAUUCUAUAUUUGUUCCAUAUGAAUUUGAUAUUUAAUUUGAUGUUUAUCCAUGUCAGUGUAAAGAAGAAGUAUCUAUGUUAUCCUGCUGAGCUGGGGAGGUGAACGGAAUCAUGAAAGAGAAAAAAAUUGGUUGUACUGUAUAUCCCUUUAAUAAAAAAAAUUGCAAACCUUG